AUGGCAACUCAAGUGCUGGGACAGUCUGGCGGGAGCAGCCUCUUUCCUGGCAGUUCUAAUAUUGGUAUGGCAUUGCCCAACGACAUGUAUGACUUACACGACCUUUCUAAAGCUGAGCUGGCAGCUCCUCAGCUUAUUAUGUUGGCAAACGUGGCCUUGACAGGAGAAGUCAAUGGCAACUGCUGCGAUUACCUGGUUGGAGAAGAGAGGCAAAUGGCAGAACUCACAACAGUGGGUGACAACAACUUUUCAGACAGCGAUGGAGAAGGUAUGGAAGAUACCCAGGCUGCAGAGAGCGACCACGAGGCACCUGAAAAUGUGGAAUUAAGCUCCCUUGAAGUUCCUAGUGUAGAAACCCAAGCUGAAGCUGCUUGCCCCCCUCCUAAGACUCCCACUGUGGACAAAGAUGUCUCACUGGAAGCACCGAGUACUCCAGAGAGCACAGAGGACAAGUGUAAGAGCUUGAAGAGCAAGCCGUUUCGUUGUAAGCCUUGCCAGUACGAGGCAGAGUCUGAAGAGGAGUUUGUGCAUCAUAUCAGAGUUCACAGUGCUAAGAAAUUCUUUGUGGAAGAAAAUGCAGAAAAGCAAGCCCAGGUGAAGGAGUCUGAUUCUUGCACGGCAGAAGAGGUGGAUUUCUCUAAGGGCCCGAUCCGUUGUGAUCGUUGUGGCUAUAACACUAACAGAUAUGAUCACUAUCUGGCUCACUUGAAGCACCACAACAAAGCAGGGGAAAAUGAGAGAGUCUACAAGUGUACCAUAUGCACUUACACUACCGUCAGUGAAUAUCACUGGAAGAAACACCUAAGAAAUCAUUUUCCCAGGAAGGUGUAUACCUGCUCACAAUGCUCCUAUUUUUCAGACAGGAAGAACAACUAUAUUCAACAUAUUCGAACUCACACAGGAGAGCGACCCUAUCAAUGUGCUAUGUGUCCUUACUCCAGCUCUCAGAAGACCCAUUUAACCAGGCACAUGCGCACCCACUCAGGUGAGAAGCCAUUCAAAUGUGAUCAGUGCAGCUAUGUGGCCUCAAACCAGCAUGAAGUAACUCGUCACGCAAGGCAGGUUCACAAUGGGCCAAAGCCUCUGACUUGCCCACACUGUGACUACAAAACAGCUGACCGCAGCAAUUUCAAAAAGCACGUUGAGCUCCACGUUAAUCCGCGCCAGUUCCUCUGUCCUGUUUGUGAUUACGCAGCAUCUAAAAAAUGUAACCUGCAGUAUCACAUCAAAUCCAGGCAUCCCGAUUGUUCUGACAUCACCAUGGAUGUUUCAAAGGUGAAGCUAAGGACUAAAAAGAGCGAAGCUGACUUUUCCGAGAGCGUUAAUGACAAAGCGGAGAAGGAACAAGUGAAAGGGGAUUCAGCUGCAAAGAAAACUGAGAAAAUUGUGAAAGUGGAGAAAAAAGAUAAUUUGGCAAAGGAAAAGAAGCCGACAAGCAGUGUUUCUGCAGGCCAGGUGACAACCAGAAGUCGGAAAUCGGCUUCAGAAAACAAGGAGGUGGAUAUUAAAACUGAGAAAAAUACUGAGAAAACAUGUAAAACAAAGAAGAUCAAAAGAAAGGCAGAGGCUGAAGUAACUUCCUCAAAGCAAGAGCCUGCAAACGAUACCUCGGCAGUAACAAAAAAGAAAAAGAAAUUGGAAGUUAAACCCAGAGACUGCCAGGAAGCUCAAAAAGGUGACAACGUACCAGAAGAGGAGCCUAAAAAGCAAAAUUCUUGCCUCAAGAAAAACAGAAAAAAGAAAGCUCUGAAAAAUAAGCACAGUAAGAAAAGCAGUAAACUCAAUCAGGAGCAGAUCGAGGAAGAGGAGAUGCCAGACGAGUGUCAUAUCACAGAAGAAGAUGGAUGCGUGAAGCCUGACACUGAGGGCAGCAGCCAGAAGGAGCAAGAUCCCACUGACACAGCAUUAAACAAUGAUGGUGGUCACGCUCUGAAGGGGGAGAGCACCGAUCCCAAAGGAAGCUGCACACAAGACCCAGGGCAACUUUGUUUGCCAGCUCAGGAUGCAAACACAGAAGCUGAGGUAGAGGACCAAGAGAUGCCUGCUGCAGCAAGAGAGAGCGAAGACACUGUUGAUGAAAAAGAGGAAGAGAGAAAAGUGGACAGAGGGGAAGAUGCUUGCUCUGAGGAAUCUUCCCAUGCAGUGCCUUCUGAAAAACGCUUGGAUGUGCCCAUGGAUGUAGAACCAGGCCUGGCACCUGAGAAGGAGCCAGAGGAAACCUCUGUGGCAGAAACUGUGAGUAACUCAGACCAGAUGGACCUGACCAAGACGUGCCUGACAGUGACAGAGCCAACAGGAGAUGCCGUGCCGGCACCUGCACCCCCAGAAGGGUGUACGCAAAGCCCUAAAGUAGCUCUGGCCUUACCAUCUCCGGAUAACACAGCAGUGAGUGAAUCUCAGGAAGUGGAUGAGGAUGAGGGCAUCCACAGCCACGAAGGCAGCGACAUAAGUGACAACAUAUCAGAAGGAAGUGAUGACUCGGGGUUAAAUGGUGCUCGCUCUGUACAAGAGGAAACAAAUCCAAAGAUGUCACAAGGAGCUGCAGACACCACAGUGGCCAGGGAGAACUAUGUGUGCAUUUUUUGUGACCGAUCAUUUAAAAAGGAAGGUGAAUAUAGCAAGCACCUCAAUCGCCACUUGGUCAAUGUGUAUUAUCUUGAGAAGGCAACAAAAGGGCAGGAGUAGAAAUAGCUGUGGUUUGGGGGAAUCUUAUUUUGUAAGAUCUUAUACAGCUUAUGUACAGAUACUGUAGAUUUUUUUUUUAAGCACGGUUUGCUUUAGUGUCUGCAUUGGUUUGGUUUUUGUUGUUUGUUUUUUUUUAAAGUUGAAAAUAUUUUUGACAACUUG